CUCGCCCGAGAGUAUUUGUUUACAGCGACGUAGUAUUUUACCGUCUCUCGUCACGCGAGAGAUCCGCGGGGCUGUCUAUAAUUAGCGCUUUUGUUUUGGUGCAUCGACACCGAUUCGUCUCGGGAGGGGGGGGAACCUCCGAGAGACCGACGUUAAUCCCCGUGACGACCCGCGCGGCGAACACGUCCUUUUUGCCGUCUCACGUGUGCGCGUCGGCCGUCGAGACACCCGAGCGACCUUCGUUCGCCGAUCCGCGGUUCCUUCACUCGCCCGAAGCCCCGGUGCUCCGGCCUCGGGUUGCGAAACCCCGUCCGAUGACUGGUUACUUUCGCACGAGUGGACGUUAGCGCGACCGGGGGUCCCACGAGAUCGGAGCGCCUCUAGCAAUCCGGGCGGCCGCGCGGAGACAGUCUGACGGCGCAAAAAAAUGGUAGGAGCAGAGAGCCCUUGCAGCGACAUGAAGCGCGCGGCUGCAAAGAAACUCAUCGAACGCUACUUCUACCAGCUCACGGACGGAUGUGGGAAUCCUCAUUGUGACAAUCAGCAUUGUGCCUCCAGUGGCAAAGUGACUAAUCUCACCCCGAAUCAAGCGGCUGCCCAGGCGAUACAAUUGUUCUCGCAGGAAGCGAGACUUUGCGAUGGGACGCAGCCAAGUAAAGUCGCUCGGACUACCAUAGAGCCUGGACAGACGUCGUUAGCUAAGAGUCUACCUGUAAAAAGCGUUAAUUCUACGAGCUCUGACGAAGGCAAGCAAGAGUCAUAUCUUACGGAAGCUAAACUUCUGGAUAUUAUAAAGAAAUGUAAAGCGGAGAAGUCGUAUUCUCUGUUAAUUCGUACUUUGGGAGAAGUGUUUUCUUCUGGAAAGGCGUUGAGUCUCAGCUUUCAAAAGACCGAGAAAAGCAAUUCCCCGCUGACGGCACUUCUCGAACGGGCGCCGGACACUCUGCUGAGGCCGCCCGCGGAUUUGAACAAGGAAGCGGUACGGUCCCUCCAGGGGGAGGAUAAAGAGGAGGACAGCAGUGAUCCAUCACCUACAGUUCCUAAUAAUGAUGAUACUAGUGUCGAUUUACCAUCGGUCCGUAGAGCUUUCGAGGCACUUUGGUCUUUGCCAGGCGACGUGUUCGAGUCAGCCCUGGUCAAUGCGCUAGUCACUUUGGCGGAUGAUAUAGAACUAGAUCUGAGAGUGUUUCGUAUGGUACGCUGGGACAGUAUGGAUAGUUUGUUAAAUGUGUUUCUCAUUGUUUUUGAAAUUCCGAUGCUCGGGAAUAGCGAAUACUUGGAACUGGCCCUCCAUAUGGUGUGCAAAGCGUUGAGCUGCGUACCUGUAUUGGCCCAAGCCAAGUUGGCACGCGUGUGGGCCAAGCAUUGCAAGUCGCGGCUUCAAUGUCUUCUGCAAGCGCUCCAAGAACUCAUAACUGUCAAGGUAAUCGGAGGAUCCUUCUCACGUGACUAUUGCGUACAAGACGCAGACACUGUCACCGCACCUACGAAAGUUAUGAAAAUUCUAUAUUACGCGAGUAUGUUGGCUGGUGAAUUGGAUCCACCCGAGCUGGUGUUGGGCGACGAGGGUGAAUCGGCUAGUAGCGACAAGACUACUUCACGAUCAGCGAUAUCGGGGCAGAUCCCUCAGGACCCAUUAGCGACGGAAUUAGGAAUUACUGCGUUGGACGCGCGCAAACCUUUCAUAGCAUUUACUGAUUUUUACAAUGAGCCCCUUAGCGAUGCCAUAGAGAUGGACAAAGAUUUCGCUUAUUACAAGAGCGAAGAGCCAAUGAAAUUUAGCUUCAUGAAUUACGCUUUCAUCCUUACGCCGGCCACUAAAACUCUGGGCUUGUAUUAUGAUAAUCGUAUCAGAAUGUACAGCGAACGACGUAUGAGCUUCUUGCAAACCGUAGUCGGGCAACCGACUAAUCCAUAUCUCAGAUUAAAGGUGCGAAGAGAUCAUUUGAUAGACGAUGCGCUGGUAGAAUUGGAGAUGGUGGCAAUGGAAAAUCCGUCUGAUUUAAAGAAGCAAUUGGUUGUCGAAUUCGAGGGAGAGCAAGGUGUCGACGAAGGCGGUGUAUCCAAGGAAUUCUUUCAGUUAGUUGUCGAGGAGAUAUUUAAUCCCGAUUUUGGCAUGUUUACCACUCAGGAAGAUACGCAAAUGACAUGGUUCAAUCCGACAUCGUUCGAAAGUGACGCACAGUUUACAUUAAUAGGCAUUGUCAUUGGUUUAGCAAUUUAUAACAAUGUAAUUUUGGACGUGCGUUUUCCAAUGGUGGUUUAUAGAAAGUUGCUAGGCAGGAAAGGCGGUUUCCCGGAUUUGGAGGAUUGGAGUCCGACUUUAUAUCGAACGAUGAAGGAACUAAUGGAGUAUACGGGGGAUGACAUGCCCGAGAUAUUUAUGCAAACUUUCCGAGUUGGUUACAGGGACGUAUUUGGUUCGCUCUCGUUCCACGAGCUGAAGGAAAACGGCGACGAGCUGUAUGUCACACAGAAAAACAAAAAGGAAUUUGUCGAUCUCUACGCAGAUUUCUUACUGAAUAAAUCCGUGGAGAGACAAUUCAACGCCUUCAGACGUGGCUUCCAAAUGGUUACGGAUGAGAGCCCGCUCGCGUUACUCUUCAGACCUGAAGAGAUUGAGCAGCUCGUUUGCGGAAGCAAAAUAUUUGACUUCGCCGAGCUGGAAGCGGCUACGGAAUACGAAGGCGGUUACACGGUGGACAGCGAAGCGGUGCGUAACUUCUGGCGCGUAGCCCACUCCUUGCCACCGGAGAGUCAACGGAGGCUCCUUCAAUUCACCACGGGUAGCGAUCGAGUGCCCGUCGGCGGUCUUUCGAGACUCAAGAUGGUCAUUGCCAGACACGGCCCCGAUUCUGACAGAUUGCCAAUAGCACACACCUGCUUCAACGUGUUAUUGUUGCCGGAUUACAAUACAAUAGAGAAACUACAGGAUCGCUUGUUGAAAGCAAUCAAUUAUUCGAAAGGUUUUGGCAUGUUAUGAGCAUGCUCCGUCGCUCCUCUUUCUUCCACCGUCUUUCGAAUGAGAAUUCGAAGUACACGAUAAGACUCAAUUAUUUUUGUCAUUUUAUUCGUAGCUACAUUAUUCGGAAGUAUUUAUCGUAUAAUUCAAAACCGUGCCAGUGCGCUUAAACCACGGAAACGUUGCUUGUGCAAUAUGGAUCAUUAAAAGGUUCUAAAAAUUCCAACGAAUCAAAGAUCGACUUCUUUGUACAAAAAAAAACAUGUUCUUGAAAAAUGCUUUGAAACUUGCACCACUGCAAGAGUCGCUUGUACCAUACUGUGUACUUUUUCUACUAUAGAUAACGAAGAUCAAUUUCGUUGGCCAUUCCGAAACGAUUGAGGGAAGAAGUGCAAGAGACAUUUCGAAACGCACGACUGCGUUGAGUGUAAAAACCGUACGGAAUUAUAGAAGUAAAUAUGUAAACUUUAGCGAAACAUAGUCGACAUAAACGGGAUGCGUUUCGGGAACUCAAUAGUUGCAACUGUGUGAUUUUACUUCGAAAUAUUAUUUUAUUUAUGAAUUAUUUUCUUAUUACAAAGUGAGUUAAAUUAUAAAAAGAACUUUCUAUCAAAGAGAUUUAUUAGCAUAGGGCAUAGGUUAUCACAACUAAUUCAAUUUAUGUAUUUAUAAUAGAGACAAAAUUUUAGUCAGAGAAUUGGAAUUUAUUUUGUAAAAUAAUUAAUUGAAUGCAUUUGUGGCAAUAUAAUUCACAUAGCAUGCGACCUUAAUUGGAUGUACCUGUAGCAAUAUGAUUUGCAUAAUAUUUAACUAGUUAAAUGACCGAUAAAAGUAAAAUUGAUAUUUAAAACAAA